AGCGCGUUCGUCCCCGAGCCCGCUCCCCAUCUUCGCGUGAAGCUCGCGGAUUUCGGCCUCGCGCUGAGCAUCGGCCGCGACGGCCGCACGCGAGGCGCGGCAGGGUCGCCGUACUACAUGGCGCCAGAGGUGUUCACCGGCGAGUACGGCUGCUCGGCCGACGUGUGGUCGCUGGGCGUCGUGCUCCACGUGCUGCUGAGCGGCGGCGUGCCGUUCUGGGGCGACGACGAGGCGGCCACGAUCCGCAGCGUGUUGCACGGGCGGUUGGAUCUGGGGGAGGAGUCCGCGGCGUGGGCGGGAGUGUCGGCGGAGGCGCGCGGGCUGAUUCGGUGCAUGCUGGAGAGGGACCCGCGGCGACGCCCGUCCGCCAGCAAGGUGCUCUCGCACCCCUGGCUGCUGCUGCACGCCUUCGGCGGACGUAUCGUGCGGAAGGCUGUGCGCGGAGAGGCAGCACAAGCUGCCACCGCGCAGAGCACCGCGCGUUCCGCGCUGAAUGAGCAUGCGCGCGCCCAAGCAGCACAAGCAGAUCUCGUGGGGGCUCGGCGGGGUGGGAGCUUGAUGGAAGCGGAGCAAGGUGCAGCAUGCGCCACAGCCAGUGGAUCCGCUUCGCCUACCUGCGCUGUGCGUGCUGAGGGACGUGGGCAAGUCAGCCAUGGUGCAGCGCGCGUGCAGGCGUCAGCGUGA